CUCCUGGAGCCCCACAAGUACGCCGCCUUGCAGAAGCUGGAUGACCCCAACGAGAUCUGCGCCCACGAGCCCAUCCCCAGGGCGCCUGUCCGGCAGGCCCAGCACACCCGGCUCUGCACCCAGCUGCUGUCCCUGGUGUCCCCCGAGUGCAACGUGCCCAGGGAGCCAUUCGUGCUGAGCUGCCAGGCGGACAUGGCCGCCGCCGCCCCGCCAGGGACACCAGCUCCUCCAGCUCGGAACAGCAGCUGCGCCACGCUGUCCGAGUACUCGCGCCAGUGCCGCCUGCGGGGCCAGCCUGUCAGCCGCUGGCGGGGCCCUGGGCUCUGUGCGGUGGGCCCAUGCCCAGCCAGCCAGGAGUACCAGGACCGGUGCGCCUUGGGCGGCUGGACGUGCACAGAGCAGCCCUGCCCCGGCCACUGCUCGCUGGAAGGUGGCUCCUUCGUGACCACAUUCGACGCCAGGCCCUAUCGUUUCCACGGCACCUGUACCUACAUCCUCCUCCAGAGUCCCCGGCUUCCCGACGAGGGCGCGCUCAUGGCCGUGUACGACAAGUCUGGCUACUCGCACUCGGAGACCUCCCUGGUGGCCAUCAUCUACCUGUCCAAGCGGGACAAGAUCGUGAUUUCUCAGGAUGAGGUCAUCACCGACAACGGAGACACCAAGUGGCUGCCGUAUAAGACCCGCAACAUCACAGUCUUCAGGCAGACGUCCACCCACCUCCAGAUGGCCACCAGCUUCGGGCUGGAGCUCGUGAUCCAGCUGCGGCCGGUCUUCCAGGCCUACGUCACCGUGGACUCGCAGUUCAGAGGCCAGACCAGAGCCUUGUGCUCAGCUCCCAAGACGUUCGAGUCCUGCAGCCAGUCCUCGGAGAACAAGUUCGGCGCGGCCUGCGCCCCCACCUGCCAGAUGCUGGCCACCGGCGUCACUUGCGUGCCCACCAAGUGUGAGCCCGGCUGCGUGUGCGCCAAGGGGCUGUAUGAGAACGCCAACGGGCAGUGCGUGCCCCCAGAGAAGUGCCCCUGCGAGUUCUCGGGGGUCUCCUACCCUGGGGGAGCAGAGCUCCACGCCGACUGCAGGACCUGCCCGUUCUGCCGGGAGCAGGCUCUCAGCCGGCCACUCCACAUGUCCUUCACGGAUCAGUUCUGCCUCAGAGAGCCUGGGCAGGAGACAGGCCUGUCCAUCGUGCUGGCGAACAGAAACUACACGGUCACCGGGGAGGACCCUCAGGUGUGGCUCCGGGUGAAGCCCAGCUCCCUGAACCUCGUGCUGGACAUGGGCGUCCCCGGAAAGCUCAACCUGACACUCACCUGGAACAAGCACAUGUCGGUGCUCAUCAGGGUGGACCGUGCCACCCAGGACGCCCUCUGCGGCUUGUGUGGCAACUUCAACGGGAACAUGAAAGACGACUUUGAGACGCGGAGCCGGUACGUGGCGUCGGACGAGCUGGAGUUCGUGAACUCGUGGAAGGAGAGCCCGCUGUGCGCCGACGUGCGCUUGGUGGCGGACCCCUGCAGCCUCAACGCCUUCCGCCGCUCCUGGGCCGAGCGCAAGUGCAGCAUCAUCCACAGCCAGACCUUCGCCAGCUGCCACAGCAAGGUGUACCGCAUGCCCUACUACGAGGCCUGCGUGCACGACGCGUGUGGGUGCGAUACAGGCGGGGACUGCGAGUGUCUGUGUGAUGCCGUGGCCGCCUACGCCCAGGCCUGCCUGGACAAGGGCGUGUGUGUGGACUGGAGAACCCCAGCCUUCUGCCCCAUCUACUGUGACUUCUACAAUACCCACACGCGGGCGGGUAACGGCGAGUACCAGUACGCGCAGGAAGCCAACUGCACGUGGCACUACCAGCCCUGCCUUUGCCCCGGGCGGCUGGAGAGCGUCUCCGGUGCCAACCUCGAAG